UUAUCUCUGCGUGCUAUCGAGCUGUCGAUACUCGAAGGCGUUGUUUAUGUAUCGGUCUAUCGUAUUGUAGAAAUGUUUAAUAUUAUGCUUGUUAAAUUUGUUGUCAUCUAUGCCCUGAUCCUCGCCAGCCGUCGGGUGGAAGCGGAUGACACCUCGGUGUUGCCGGAAGGCUUUGUGGACGCCGCCCAGCGCUCCACACAUACGAACAACUGGGCGGUGCUGGUGGACGCAUCGAGAUUCUGGUUCAACUACCGGCAUGUGGCCAAUGUGCUGUCUAUCUACCGUUCGGUAAAGAGACUGGGCAUUCCUGACUCCCAGAUCAUACUGAUGAUCGCCGACGACAUGGCCUGCAAUGCACGGAACCCACGGCCCGGUCAAGUGUACAAUAACGCCAACCAGCACAUCAAUGUGUACGGAGACGAUGUAGAGGUGGAUUACCGCGGCUACGAGGUGACAGUGGAGAACUUUGUGCGUCUGCUGACCGGGCGUACCCAGAACGGCACGGCGCGCUCGAAGAAGCUGCUCUCGGACGCGGGCAGCAAUGUGCUCAUCUACCUAACCGGCCACGGCGGCGAUGGAUUCCUCAAGUUCCAGGACUCCGAAGAGAUAACCAGCCAGGAGUUGGCCGACGGAAUCCAACAGAUGUGGGAGAAGAAGCGGUACAAUGAGCUGUUCUUCAUGGUGGACACUUGCCAAGCAGCUUCGCUCUAUGAGAAGUUCACCUCGCCGAAUGUCCUGGCGGUGGCUAGCAGUCUUGUUGGCGAGGAUUCGUUAUCGCACCAUGUGGAUCCAUCGAUUGGAGUCUACAUGAUAGACCGGUACACCUACUACGCCUUGGAGUUCCUGGAGAAGGUGCAGCCCUUUAGCAAACGGACCAUAGGCGAAUUUCUGCAAGUUUGCCCCAAGAGAGUGUGCAUUUCGACAGUGGGAGUACGCAAGGAUCUGUACCGCCGGGAUCCGCACAAGGUGCCCAUCACAGACUUCUUUGGAGCCAUACGUCCCACACGGGUAUCCACCGAUCGCAUCAAUGUGACCUUGGCCAAUGAGGAUGAUUUCAUUUUCGACAAAGAUAAGAUGGUGACCAAAAAGCCCUUCAAAAUCGUGAUGGAGUCACAGUUUCCUUCCGAGCUUUUUAAAUAGACUGGAUAACUUAAUAUGAUUCAUGUGAUAAUAUUAAUUUUAUUCGUAAAUACAUCAUUUCAUUAUUAA